AUGAACAGCAGCAACAGUUACUUUAAUUUUGUAAUCAUGUGGCAAAGCAGUAAAAUAUCUGCAAUGUAUUUCAUGGACAAAGAUUCCAAGCUAUCUAACUUAUUUCAACAGGCAAGCAGUCCUACAACAGGAACAGCUCCCAGGAGUCAGUCACGGUUGUCUGUCUGCCCUUCCACUCAGGACAUUUGUAGGAUCUGUCACUGUGAGGGAGAUGAUGAAAGUCCCCUCAUCACACCAUGUCGCUGCACAGGGACCCUGCGCUUUGUUCACCAGGCCUGCCUGCACCAGUGGAUUAAGAGCUCAGACACGCGCUGUUGUGAACUCUGCAAGUACGACUUUAUAAUGGAGACCAAGCUCAAACCUCUUCGGAAGUGGGAGAAACUACAGAUGACAACAAGUGAGAGGAGGAAAAUAGUUUGUUCAGUCACAUUCCAUGUAAUUGCAAUUACCUGUGUUGUUUGGUCAUUGUAUGUUUUAAUUGAUAGAACUGCCGAGGAAAUUAAACAAGGCAAUGAUAAUGGUGUCCUUGAAUGGCCGUUUUGGACAAAACUCGUUGUGGUGGCCAUUGGAUUCACGGGGGGCCUGGUCUUCAUGUACGUGCAGUGUAAGGUUUAUGUUCAGCUGUGGCGCAGGCUGAAAGCCUACAACAGAGUGAUCUUUGUUCAGAACUGCCCAGACACUGCCAAAAAAAUGGAGGAGAAGAACUCUUCGCGCACUCAGACCUCAGAUGUCAAGGACGCAGUGAUGGUGCCAGUAGCACAGACAGGUACAAACUCUCAGCCAGCAGCUGAAGAAAUGACAUCAGAGGUCAUGCCAGUUUGACAGAGGCAGCAUUGUUUCUUCCUUGCAGAAUAAGGCGUACUGUUUUCUGCACUACAAAUGCUAAAAGAGAGUAGAAAUGACUGCAUUUUUUCAGUUAAAAACACAAAAAAAAACCCACAAAAAACCAAAACCCUAUGAGGAAAAUGGAUCCAGCAAAGCAACUUGUUACUGUAUGGAAUGUGACUGUUCGUGAAGUAGUUUCUCAACUAGUCAGCAAGUGUAGUGAAAGUGUAGAAAGUACAAUAGAGAACAGGUUUAACAGACAAUGCCAAACCAACAUGAUGAGAGUACUUUUUCUUUUUUAGAAAGACCUAAUAUAAUAAUUUUGUUUACAAAAAACAAAAACCUUUCAUCUGUUUACUACUAAAAGCUGUAUUUCCUAUUUAUCUUCUUAAAGAUACACUUCAAAAGGGUACCAGUCAAGUUAUGUGCAUUAACUGAAUCCAAGUAUAAAGAGCACUCACUCUCUAAGCCUCAUAUGGUAACACGCGUUCGUGACUGCACUGGAGCCUGAAUGUUUGGGCGGCUGCGUCAACUAAGGAUAUUGGAAACAUUUGAAGGGCAGCAUUGUUUUUAAAUAUGCCUGAAUUUUGGAAAAAUAAGCAAUUCCAAGCAGUAUAAACUCAUGUCUCCAUAAGCUACAGAUUUUUUUGAAGUACAGCUGUCAGCGAAGUAAAUACAGGAAGGACAGAAUGUGUAGCUAUGUAUUUAGAAGAGCAGCUCAGCUGGUUGUUUUACUUUGUAAGAGUGAAUUAGACAUAAAUUGGAUACAUAAAGUUUUGAGGCAGAACUAUAAAUGGAAAAAAAUGCAAUUUACUACAGAAUGACACAAAAGUAAAUUGCAUUUUAUCAAAGGUCUGAAAAAGCACAGCACAUAGGGAAGAUGGAAGCCAUUGUUGGGUUAAUUUUUUAAGAUUCGUGUUACAGAAAGGUAGGCAUAAGAGAAUAUACAUACGAAUCUUAAGAGAACAUUAGUUUUUAUUUCCUUGUUCUGAAAAGUUAGUUUUUAUCUUCCUGCCCAAACAACCUAAAUCAAUGGUUUCCCUCUGUACAGGUAAAGCUGAGGUAUUAAGAGAUUCAACAGCUCAGUUGUUAACUUUGUGUUUUGAGCAUUCUCAUAUAAAAAUAAAAUGUGAAUAGCAUUAAAGGGUGCAAUAGAUAAAUGACUGUAGAUAUAAUACUGUGUCCAACAGGGUGAAUUAUAUGUAAAGAACCAAUUUUGUGAUUCACUUCCCAUACCUGUGAUGUUUACCAUCAGGACCCAACAGCAAGAAUUGACUUGGAGUAGUUACGUACUGGCGUGGACAAGUCUGGGGCCCGAACAUAAUGUAUAUUUAAAACAUAAGUUAAAAGUUCUUUUUCGAUCUCGCAUUUAGGUAAAGGAGGAAAAGCAAACAAGCAAGUAAAGAAGCAGAGUAAAGAGGAUAGGAGAGCACAGGUUCAUUCAGAGGGGGAACUUGCCACAGUCACCAGUGAACUAGACUUCUACAGAAGCCUUGCAGUUUCUAAUGGUAAAUUUCCUCUUUACACACUCAAAUAUCUGCAAUUAAAUAACAGAAUAAUCCCAUUCUUCCAAAUAUCCAGAGUGCUAGGCCUAAGAUGUAUUGAACUUUAUAUAUUAGGCAUUCCUUUGUGAAUGUGUUUACUGGCUUAAGGCUCAGGGAAUACUGGAAGUAGCAGUAUUAGCAAGAAAUGUGUCUUUUAUCAGACCAUUAUGUUCUUUUCUAUUGGAAUUGCUCGUGUAAUUCGCUGUGACCAAGUGAUUGUCAUCUGGCUAGACAGGACACAAAAUCUUCGUGCUUGAACCCGCCCUAAAUACAUAUUAGUAUUUGCUCUAAGCUAUUCCAGGUGAGUUGGAUUAAUGUCAAAGUUUUUUCGCAUGAUGACACGCACUUUUCAUGUAAAACAACUUUCCAAUUACACAAUUGCAAAUUGGAAUUGUAAGCAGCUUCUCAUUUGAAAUGACAUACAAAAGUAACCAAAUAAUUUCUGUUUGUAAUUGUGGAGGAGACUUCAGAAGGUCCUCAGAAAACAAUGACAGAACUAAGGAAUGCCUCAUAACCGCACACGGUUAAGAUGGUCUGCAAAGGCAUGGUUUUCAAAAAGUGUAAAUCCACUUGCUAAAAGGGAAAUCUCAUGACAUCUGAAGUUAGACACUUAAAAUUACUAGCUGCAUCUAAAUUGAAUGAUGUUUACUAUAAAACCUGAUGUAUCAUAGCAAAAUUGACUGACAAGGAACGUUAUGGAAGAUAAAAUUAAGACCUUUCUGACAUAAUCAGAAAGUUUCUUACUAAGUGACAGUAACCCCGCUGCUUCACCCAGCUUGUUCUUUGACCUGCUGUAGCAUCAUGACCCCACUGAAGGUACUUUAUCCCCUAUUUUGACAGUUUACUGGAGACUGAUUCACAUUUGGUUUUUUCUUGAACAAGUAUAAAAUGCAACUCAAAGAAAAAUACCUGAGGCUUCUGCAAACAGAUUUACAGCAUCCAACAAGAUUACUGUACAUUUUAAAAAAUACACAGAAGAGUUGGCAACAGAACAGACAACUUACAAAAUUUUAUACUAAUGACUUCAAAACACUAUUUGGCACUAUUUUGGCUGAAAUUCCUCCUCUCCCUUUGAAAUAUUAAUUCAGACAGCGGGAAAAGGAGCAAAAUGGGACAGUGUCUGCUCAGAGACAGCAAGAGAGAUGACAGCAGGCUCGAAGCAGCCUUUAACCUUUUAAAGCAUUACAGUAUUAGCCCAUGCAUCCCUUUCUCUUCUUAGGUGCAGUGGAUAUUCUAGAGCUUUCAGGGAUUUCAUGCAGGAUUGGAAUUUGUAUCUGAAGCAGGGUGGUCCCUCUUCAAGAGGACAACCAACAUUCACACCAACAUGCCUUGGAUACAGCUCUGCAUGAAUAAGGAAGGUGCACGAAUACAGACACUAGACAGCUGCUUAUCAACAAAUGUGUUUUUUAUUCCCACACAAAGCACAGUUUUCUGUAUUAAUUUAAUGACCACAGGUUUCUAUCCUGCAAAAACAGUAUACUGAAAGUUUUAAGAUACAUUCUAAGAUUUCUUAAUGAAAAUGA